AUUAAUAUUGAUAUUAUUGUUUUUCCAAUUCUCUUCGGAUCUUCAUAGUUUUCAGAAGCUUCGAGUUUGUUGUAAAGGUAGUUCCUUUUGUUGUUGAGGAAGCUUCUUGAAACUUGAUUUCUUAUCUGGGUCAACUUGUCUCUUCUUUUUUUGGGAUUUUUCAUUGGAGUUUUGAGCAUACACACACACAUCUGUUUUCCGAUUAGACUUUGGAGUGAGAGAAUUAACGUUGGGUUGUAAACGGUUGUUGAUUCUCUUCCUCUGGUUAUGGAGGAGCCUUGUGAGACACUUGACAAUGGUGAAGCCUAUCAAAUAUCUAGAUAUCAUAACUUUAACCAGCAUAGCUCCAGAAGCUUAUCACCCUGGUUGGAUUUGAGAGUGUUCUAUGUCCGGAUAAGCAAUUUCUUGGUGGAAGAUUCGACCCCUGAAGUCCUCAUCAUCAAUCACAUUCCUUUGGAUCCAGAUACGGUUCUGGAGAUUAACGGUGUUAGAUUGGGAAUGUACUCAGAAGGAGGUUCUUCACAGCUCAGGAGAGAUCGAGUAGACAAGAAAUCUGAAGAAGCUACUUAUGUCAGCACAGAUAAUAUCAGGUUAACUGGUAGUGUGAAGUUUGAGGUGUAUGACAAAAAUGAGCUAAUCUUGUCUGGAACUCUUGAAAUGUCUGAUUGUAAUGGGUUCACUGGGGAAUCAAAGAAUCGAUGGAAGAUGAAUUGCGAGGCUGAGAUCACUGCAGGGUCUGGUUUCCUUAAGGAGAAGAGCAUAAAUGGUCAAGACUUAUCGUCUCCAUUGCCAACUAUUGAGGUCUAUGUUGCUGGUUGCUUCUCAAGGAAACCCAUCAUCUUAACCAAGACUCUGCAACUUGGUUUGAGAAAGAAGCAGAGUAGAAGAUUGGCAUUAGAUUCAAUUCCUGAGUAUGAAACUGCAGAGCCUCAGAAAGACACCUCCUCUGUACUUGAUCUUCAGGCAACAGAGUAUGCGAAUUACAAAGAGGAUUACGAAGGGGACAUGUAUUGGAGAAGUGAGUGCAUAGAUGGAGAGAUGUCAUGGUUUAAUGCAGGUGUAAGGGUUGGUGUUGGGAUUGGACUAGGUGUCUGUGUUGGUCUUGGGAUUGGUGUAGGUCUUCUCGUUCGUACUUACCAAUCAACUACCAGAAACUUCAGGAGGAGGCUUCUCUAGCUAGUUUAGUAAUGUAUACAUUUGCACUUUUUUUUACCUUGAAAUUUUGAAAGAAUUCCUCUUUAUAAAAACCGUUUCUAUUUGGGUGUGAUGUGAAUUAAACACUUUGGGUGUGGAAAUGUUGGUGUUUGUUUUGCUGUAAAUAAACGAGUGAGAGUAUAGCUUUUUUUUGUAUUCAGAACUUGGCUGAUUGAGGACUUGCAAACUAGCUCUGUAACUAGAGGAUUACAAGUUCUAGUUAACUGAAUUUUUGGCUU